AUUGGCUCCUUGAUUUAAACCACGCCCGGCUUUCUGCCGGCUUUGCUGCUGCUGGGCCAGGCGGCCCAGCCACAUCCCAACCCCGUCUGCCGGGAGCCCGGGCUGCUGCUGCUAUUGUGUGGAUGCCCCGCGUGUCCUCUCUUCUCUUCCAGAGAUGGCUAACAGGGGCCCGAGCUACGGCUUAAGCCGAGAGGUGCAGGAGAAGAUCGAGCAGAAGUACGACGCGGACCUGGAGAACAAGCUGGUCGACUGGAUCAUCCUGCAGUGCGCCGAGGACAUAGAGCACCCGCCCCCUGGCAGGGCCCAUUUUCAGAAAUGGCUAAUGGACGGGACGGUCUUGUGCAAGCUGAUAAACAGUUUAUACCCACCCGGACAAGAGCCCAUUCCCAAGAUCUCAGAGUCAAAGAUGGCUUUUAAGCAGAUGGAGCAAAUCUCCCAGUUCCUAAAAGCUGCGGAGAUCUAUGGCGUCAGGACCACUGACAUUUUUCAGACCGUGGACCUUUGGGAAGGGAAGGACAUGGCGGCCGUGCAGAGGACCCUGAUGGCUCUAGGCAGCGUUGCAGUCACCAAGGAUGAUGGCUGCUACCGGGGAGAGCCAUCCUGGUUUCACAGGAAAGCCCAGCAGAAUCGGAGAGGAUUUUCAGAGGAGCAGCUUCGCCAGGGACAGAACGUAAUAGGCCUGCAGAUGGGCAGCAACAAGGGAGCCUCCCAGGCAGGCAUGACCGGAUAUGGGAUGCCCAGGCAAAUCAUGUAAGACGCUGCAUCCCGCGACCCAGUAGAGAGGACGAACGUGCCACACCAUGGUCUCUGUGAUAAAGAAAUAGUUAGUCACCUUCUGACCUUCUCUUCUCAAAGCCUCCUGUCCCUGGUUUUUGCAAGUGCUGCAUUUCUGCCGCGAAUCCACGUUGCCUACGGCUGCCACCUUCUGUUCAUUUAGAACUAUGCAAAGACUCCGCUUCCUUCCUCUUCCUGAGCUCCUUCUCUGCCCUAAAAGCCUUCAUUUACCUGAUUAUUUAUUUAUUUAUUUAUUUGCCAAAAAUUU